UGUCUGCCAAAUAGGUAGUUCUAGGAGUUCCUGUCCUCAUAAGCACUCCCAACAUCGCUUAAUGAAGCUUAGGCUCAGACAGGACAUUAGGCUUAACAUCUACCAUUCCUAAGUAGAAAUAUGUUGACAAGGAACUCCAUAACAUCAACUAUGAAAGGUGACGUACUUUUUCAUUUGUUUUAAGAACUGAUAGAAAAGAAUGGACCACAAACAAUGCCUAUGUCCCUAAAAGCUAUGCAGUAAGAACCGCUGAGAUCUUUUAACACAAAACUGUGUGAUACAACAGAUAAACGGAUUCAUGUUAUCAAACUCUUUAUAUCACAGAUCCAAAUCUAUUUUUAGUUUGCUGGUACAUUAACAAAUUGUGUUUUGUUUUGGUUUACAAAUUGGCAAUAGUAGGCCUACUAACCAUGAUUACGAAAGAGAAUUUGUACUGAAACGUAACUCUAAUAUUGACUUCACUGGAAUCCAACACCGGAGUCCAGGACAUAGCCUACAGUGUGGCCUGAUCAGUCUAGAAUAUAUAGGUCUACAGUCAUCUGAGUUACAAUAAACAUAGAUGGAUAACAUUAAAUCUUGGAGCAACAAAGUCAAUGAUAUAAUAUGGCCUGGCUCUGUGCUCAAUGUUCUCGUGAUAGUCAGCUGUCUGUCAACUAUAAGGUUCAGCCACUUCUCGCUGUUGCACCCUCUCAAGCUGAAACUACAAGUCAUCGAAAGAGUAGUUCUACCAUCAAAUGAAUCUCUGGCAAUAAUCGCUGUAUUAGCAUCAUGUGGUAUCGUUCUGUUUGCAGUCAAUGUUCUUGUAAGAAGGCUGGCUCUACGAAUUCUUUUAGCACGAAGAUUUUGGAUGUAUGAAUUACCGAACCAAAAAUCUUUAGCCACGUGGGUGUGGGGUGUGAUAGUCAAGUCUUUGGGCGGAUGGAAGUUGUCAACAUACUGUUAUCAAAGCUGCCUGCCUUCAUUGCCUGUGCCACCAUUGGGAGAAACACUAAACCGAUUGAUUAUUUCCCUUCAGCCAUUGUAUGCAGAUGAUCCAGAGAAACUGAAGGAGCUUGAGGAGGAGGCAAAGACAUUUAAGAAAACUCUUGGGACAAAGGCUCAGGCUCUGCUGACCCUUCGCUCAUGGUAUAAGGAUAAUUACAUCGAUGAUUGGUGGGAAAAAUACAUUUACCUUAUGUCAAGAAGUCCGCUGGCCAAUAACAGUAAUUAUUAUAUAAUGGAUCAUUGCUACUGGACCCCUACUACUAAGGCUUGUGCCAGAGGUGCUAGCUCUCUUUAUCAAAUCCUAUGUGUACGUGAAAUGAUUCUGUCCGGGACAUUGGAACCUCUGACAAUCAGACAGACAGUGCCUGUAUGUAUGGAGCAAUACAGGAGAAUAUUUUCUACCACAAGGAUACCAGGGGAGGAAGUAGAUACUAUACAGACUUACCCUGCAAGCAAGUCACAACAUAUAAUAGUUAGCAGACGUGGAUUGUUGUACAGAGUAGAAAUUCUUGACAAGAAUGGCAACUUGAUUGGUCCUUGUGGAUUACAAAAGCUUUUGGAAUGGAUAGUUGAAGAUGCUGACCUUCAAUGCAUUAAUGUAUCAGAAUUUGAAAGAUCCAUCCCAGUGCUUACUUCAAUGGACAGAACUCAAUGGGCAAAAACAAGACAAGAAUUUUUCUCUGAUGGCAUCAAUAGAGAGUCUUUGAACUGUGUAGAAUCAGCCAUUUUAUUUUUAUUUUUGGAUACUGAAGCUUUCAGUGAUUUGUCUUCAAGAGCGUCUCACCUUAUCCAUGGCAGAGCUGGGCAGUUUUGGUUUGAUAAAUCUUUACAGUUGAUAGUAAUGGCAGAUGGACACAUGGGAUUGAAUUGUGAGCAUUCCUAUGCUGAUGCUCCUGUGGUAGCCCAUGUUAUAGAGUACAACUUUACGUAUGAGAUUUUAUCAGAACUUUAUGACUCAGAAGGGAAUUGCACUGACAUCCACAAAAAUGGAACCCAAGAAAAUCUGAAGUGUUCCCCAAGUUUACUGCAGUGGGAAGUCAAUUCUAAGUUGUCUUGUGUUAUAGAUAGUGCUUGCAAACUAGCAAAUAAGAAUAAUACAGAUCUUGACCUUUUGGUCUGUGAUCAUGAACAGUUUGGUAAGGGUGCCAUUAAAAAAUGUAAAAUGAGCCCUGAUGCCUUUAUCCAAAUGGCUGUUAUGACAACACAUAGAAAAUUAACUGGUCAAGCUGCUCUUGUAUAUGAGUCCUCCAUGACUAGACUGUAUAAAAAAGGCAGAACAGAAACAGUGCGCUCUCUAACUAAAGAAGCUAAUGACUUUAUUGUCAACUUUCUAAGCCCUGAAGUGUCUAAACAAGAAAAAAGACGUCUGCUCAGUAUAGCCUGUGAUAAACAUUCAGAUAUGUACAAGGAUGCAAUGAAUGGAAGAGGAAUUGACAGGCAUCUCUUUGCACUUUAUAUAGCCUGUCGGGGUUUAGGGAAGAAUCCUGAAUUUCUAAAGAAAUAUUUAUCAAUUCCUUGGACUUUGUCAACCAGCCAACAGCCUCAACAACAGAUUUCAUGGGCACCAUCAUGCACCGAUCUCAAGUUCAGUCAUCUCUUAUGUCCUGGAGGUGGCUUUGGCCCAGUAGUUCCCGAUGGUUAUGGCAUAUCUUACAUGGUACCUGGCGAUCAUCGAAUAUUCUUUCACGUCUCUUCUUGGAAAUCUUCAGAUGGAACCAACUCUGCCCAGUUCAUGCAAGCGCUCAUCGAAACUAUGAAAGAGCUUAAAGAUUUGUUUGCUGACAGCUGAAGAUACACAGUUGUUUAGAAUUUGAAUUAGUGUGAACCUUCUAGUAUACCAAUAAUUUCAGUAUGAAACACUGGACAAUACAUUAAUGCAGUUAGAAUGUACACUGCAAUGUGCUAUAUUACUUUUAAAAUGUUAUGGGAAAAAACUUAAAUCUGAAUUUAAAAAAAAAUAUUUCACUUACUAUGUUUGAAAUAACUAAAUAUUCUAACUAUAAAUGUUAUUUAUAAUUGUUUCAAGAAUUGAAAUAAAAUAAAAAUUAUGGUAGACCAAAUCAUAAGUCAUGCUAUGGGAUUUCUUCCCAUUUUCUAAUGGCUUUAUUAUGACAUUUCAUUUUUUGUUAUGAUGAUAGAUGAUGAACAAUUUAAAUAAAAGACUUUUUCAUUUUAAAUUAAAAUUUCUACUUUAAAAAAGAAUUUUGUGUGCAAUAAAUUUCUGAACAUUAUCUAUCUCAAAUAUUCAUCCUUUCUUCCGAGAUGUCAUUCCUAACUAUAUAAGGAGAACUUUAAUAUCUAGCAACCCCAAGCUAUGUUCUUCAUUGCAAUAAAUAACUUCAGAUUAAUAAUAGGAAACAAUUUCUAUAAAUACACUUUUUUUUUUACUAAGUGCAAGAAAUUUUUAAUUGCAAAUGUUUAGUUGUUUUUUUUUUUCAAAAAAUACAAAAAUGUAGGUCUUUUAGAAAGUGAAGUGAAUAAUGAAUUAGUUUUAAAUACCAUCAUGUCAUAUUUUUUUGUAAAUUCCAACAUGAAAUUUUUCCAGAAAAAUAGAUAUUUGGUACACAUCCAUUUUCAUUUCAUUGUAAAAUGCCAAAGACCAAAACUAAAUGUUGUGAUUGGUUUAGCAAAACAAUGUAUAUGUACAUCUCUGUGCAAGAUAUGACACAUUUCUUACCCAAUGUGGGUUUUUAUGUCAUUUAAAAUUGUUUCAUCUAAGAUUUACAGCCUGUCUGCUGUUCUUUGACUUACAGAAUUAUGUUACUCAUAUAACUUGUGUGCAAUACAAAUGC